AUGGCAUUCCCUGCAAUUAAGAAGAGGAAGGUGUCUCCCCUAUCUGGAGGCGAUUGCAAUAAUACCUACGCACAGGAUGCCGGUGGCGAUUGGUCCCAAGACUCAUCCAAUGAAGACAACGACUGUGUCCUAGGGAAUGGAGCUAUUCGAGGCGGUCACACCAUAAUCAAAGCAAAAAGAACCGCAAAAACAUCAUGGAGCAGCGGUACAUAUGAUUCAAACAUGUUCAAGCUGAAAGCGAAUGAGCUCCUGGCAAAGGUGCGACCUAAUGACGAAAGACGCAUGGUCAAGGUGGAAAACUCUCUUCGCAAGCUCAAAGAUGUCAUAGAGCAUAUCCCUAAUCGCAAAGCAAAGCCUAUUCUAAAUGCGGAGCGCGAACAGCUUGACUCCCACAAAGUCCGAAUCCCAUUCCCCCAACCCCGGCCCGCAAUGGACGCAAAGUACACAUUGACCUAUUCCAAGCCGGCGAACAUCAAUGUUGUAGGCAGUUAUGCACGCAGGACAGCUAUACAAGUGGGAGGGCAAUUAGGGAUCGAUCUGGCGGUCACUAUGCCAUCGCAUAUCUUCCAAGAAAAAGACUAUCUAAAUUAUAGGUAUUUCCAAAAAAGGGCAUACUAUUUGGCCUGCAUUGCCAGCGGUAUUGAAGAAGCUCAAGAAGACGAAUACGCUGUCGAUUUUGCUCACCAGAAUGACAACCAUUUGCAGCCUAUAAUCGUUAUCACCUUUCUGCAAGAUGGUGGUUCAAAAUCAAAAUACCAGAUUCGAAUCAUUCUGGCCGCUGAUGGAGAUUUAUUUCCCAUUUCCAAAACGCUGCCCGACAAAAACUGCAUUCGUGCAACGACUAGUGGGGUCUCUUCUCCAGGUAGCAGCUUCAACAUGCCAACGCCAUUCUACAAUGCGUCACUGAGAUCCGAGUGCUCUUCUCUAGCCUAUCUGAAGUAUCUACAUGCGUCGUCAUUGCAGUCGGAUGGUUUCUCUGACGCGUGUCAACUUGGUAGUGUGUGGCUGCGGCAACGUGGCCUGGGUCGAGAGUUUGGAUCGUUCGAAUGGGCCUGCACCAUGGCUUUACUUUUGCAGGGGGGCGGCUCUAAAGGGAAGCCAAUAUUAUCGCGUGGCUAUGACAGUUACCAGCUCUUCAAAGCAAUGUUGCAAUUCCUGUCUUUCAGGGAUUUGAUAGCGAGCCCUGUUCUCGUACAUUCUGACAAUAUCACUCUUGUCGAUCGUGACGGGCCAACGCUAUUCGAUGGCAAAAGAGGCAUGAACAUACUAUUCAAAAUGACGCCGUGGUCGUAUGCAACACUGAAGUAUGAAGCUACCGUCACACUGAAGCUGCUCAAUGAUCCGCUUUCGGACCAAUUCGACGCUUGCUUCAUUACAAAAGUCGACGAUCUGCUGCAGAGGUUUGAUUGUGUCAUAGAAAUGCGUACAAGCCGAGUGCCGAGACCAGCAUCACAGAUGGCAGAUGCCCUCAACGACGAAACAUAUUUUUGUCAAAGAGUACAUGAGGCGUUGAGUACGGGACUAGGUGACAGAGUCAGACUACUGCACGUACAACCACCACCAAUUCUUUCUUGGGACGCUACAACGCCACAAAACUCAACCAAGGGUCUCCGUCAAGUCCAGAUAGGACUUCGACUUGACUCUGCGAAUAUCAGUCGCACUGUCGAUCGAGGUCCUUCUGCAGAAAACAAAGUAGCUGCCGCAGAGUUUCGCAGGUUCUGGGGUGACAAGGCAGAGUUGCGGCGUUUCAAAGACGGCAGCAUCCUGGAAAGCUUGAUAUGGUCAACUUCAGAUCCAAUGGACAAUGUAUUGAAGCAAAUAGUGGCGUAUGUUGUUCAACGGCAUCUAGGGAAAGACGCAGCCGAUAGUAUCAAGCUUAUUGGACAGUCUUUUGAUCGCUUACUUUCCGGUCAGCAAUCGGCAAUGAACGAUCCAUCGACACUUUUCCGGCCUGUCAUGAGUGCUUAUGAGAGCCUAGAGAAAGACGUGAGGGCCCUUGAAGGCUUGCCGCUCCAGAUUCGACAGAUUUCUGCCGCGGAUGCCCAGCUGAGAUACUCGUCACUGAGCAUUCCCGCUCUCCAUCCUUCUCAAGGUCAGAUGGAACCAGCAAAUAUCUGUGUCCAAUUUGAAGGCUCCGCCCGGUGGCCCGACGAUAUCACAGCUGUCCAGACGACCAAAAUAGCUUUUCUUCUCAAGAUGGGCGAGCUUCUGGAAGAGUCGACCAGUGGUUUAAUAGCACGAUUAGGGCUAGACAAUUGGAACCGAAGUCUUCUUAAUGUCGCUUUUCUUGACAUUCACUACCCGUCUGGGGCAUUCUUUCGUCUCCACAUUCACCAUGAGCGCGAACUCAAUCUCCUUGAGCGGGUUUUGAGAGACGCUUCGCACACCGCAGCGAGCCGAGAAGAGACCGCGUCCGCACUCUCGACCUACAAACGCGAUUUCAUCCACGGGCCCAUCCACACCCAGUCUAUGCGCACGCUGAGCACGCGCUUUCCACUCCUCUCGUCCUCCGUGCGCCUAAUGAAGAAAUGGCGGGACUCCCACAUGCUCUCAAGUCAUCUCAGCGACGAGUUGAUCGAGCUUCUCACCGUCCGAAGUUUUGUGCAUCCGUAUCCCUGGUCUGUCCCUGGCAGUGUCAUGACAGGUUUCCUUAGAACGUUGACGUCUGUAUCAAAAUGGGACUGGCAAAGCGAACCUCUGAUUGUAGAUUUCAAUGGUGAAAUGACUAGCUUCGAGAUCGAAGCCAUCAAUCUGCGUUUCGAAGCGUGGAGAAAGAUCGAUCCGGCUAUGAAUCGAGUUGCUAUCUUUGCAGCUUCGAAUCUAGAUCCCAGUGGGAUCACAUGGACUGAACUCGGCCCAUCGAAGGUCGUAGCGGCUCGGUUCACAAGCCUGGCGAAGGCAGCGUGUGGCAUGAUGAAGGAGCAGGCGACGGAUCUGGAACCUGAAGCGCUCUUUGUAGCUUCGAUGUCGGAUUAUGACUUCGUCAUUUACCUCAACCCGAGGUCUACCAGGAUCAACAAUGGAAGGAGAAGGCAUUCAGUGUUUAAGAAUUUGCAUGUCCAGUCUGAUCAGGAUAAGAGUCUUUCCGGGGUGGAUCCAGUACAACUGUUAUUGGGCGAGCUGAGGGCGAUAUAUGGCAGCAACGUUCUAUUCUUUACUAACGAGCAUGAGGGCUCUCUUAUUGCCGGACUCUGGAAUCCGCAGACUGGACCGAGGCCGUGGAAGGUAAACUUACCGUAUUCUACGAAGCCCAUUGUGCGGUCAGACGAUGAGGGCUCUCAGCUUAAUAUCAACAAGACUGCGACUCUGCAUGAUAUUGCGAGGCUUGGAGGGGACAUAAUAUCACGCAUAGAACUCAAGCGAUGA